GGUAAGUCAUCAACAGUGAGUUCCGGUGAGUUUGUAAAAGGGGGCGCAUUGCCAACGGCCGGCGGCACUCGCGGUGCGCUUCAAAAUUGCGAUUGCCCGGGCCGAAUUCUGUGAGAGAAGGCGAGGCAGAGAAUACAAGUUGUGUUUGGUAUGAUUGUGUGGAGCUAUUAGCAAUUGGGUAGUGAGGGUUUGAGAGUUUCGAAGGGCGAUGGCUACGCAAACUAGCGGAGGAGGAGGAGGAGGAGGCUUGGCGUCGGAGACGAAGAAGGACGUGGUGGAAUUGUGCUACUCGGGGGAAGAAUCGCUGAGCAAGGCCGUCGAGCUGCUGAAGGAUUUCGGUCUGCCUGAUGGGUUGUUGCCGAUGCAGGACGUGGUGGAGUGUGGGUACAACAAGGAGACCGGGUUCGUGUGGGUGACGCAGAAGAAGCCCAUCGUGCACACUUUCAAGCAAAUCUCGAAGCAGGUGAGUUACAGCGAUAAGAUCACCGCGUACUUGGAGAAGGGCAGGCUGCGGAAGCUCACGGGCGUGAAGGCGAAGGAGUUCCUGUGGGUGUCAAUCGUGGACAUUGCCAUCGACAAGAACGACAAGGAGAAAAUAUACUUCACGAGCUUCUCCGGUCUCGGGAGGUCUUUCCCUGUCAAAGCUUUUGUUCGAGGGGCUUGAAGCGGCCUCGUGUUCUUCGUCGUUGUGUAGGUUUUUUUUUUUUCUUUCGGUUAUUAGGAUGAUGACCCAAUUCGUGUCUCUUUCAAUGGGGGCCAAUCAAUCUCCCCAUGUCCAUAUCAACUUGGCAGGUUUUUAAGAUUCUCCGAGGAGAUCACCACUUCUGCCGCCACCGACGUUGUAGAGCUACUGGACAUAGCCAUUAAUCUCAUGCUUGUGCUUAUUUCUUUUUUUCUUUGUUGUAUACUGUCUCACAGCCGCGCUUGUUUUUAGCACAAGUUUAGUCUGCUAGAGCAGUACACGCCAUAGCCUCAGUUCGAGAAGACGUGAACCUUGACAAACAUUUUUGUUAUUUGUAAUUUAUGCAAAGCAAAACUGCUUGGCAGUUUUUGUAUUCUUCCUCAAA